CGUUCGCUUCUUCAUUGUAUUAUACCGUGUUUCCCCCAAAACAAAGCACGGUCGCGUGUUCGCUGGUGAAAAAUCGAAAAUAAACUUGUAAUUUUUGAUCGAAUUGUUUGUGAAACUAGUGGAGUGUAUUUUGAACAAUGGAUUACGACGAAUUGACAGUGGUCGAAGAGCAGAAUCAGUCGGAGCGCAAGGAAAGCGGUAAGCGGGGACGUAAGCCAGGCCGCAAAGCUUCAGCGGAAAGGAUCGAUAUGAAGGCAAAGCUAGAACGCAGCAGACAGAGUGCACGGGAAUGCAGGGCGCGUAAGAAGCUGCGCUAUCAGUACUUGGAGGAAUUGGUGAGCGAUCGUGAGAAGGCCGUAUAUGAAUUGCGUCGCGAACUGGAGAAGUUGCACUACUGGGCACUGGAGGUCAACGCAGGUCGUUUUCCCGAAGGUGUGCAGGAGCUGCUGGAGGAGCUGGGCGCUCUCAAGCAGGAGUGAGCGCACACACUCAUCCCAACAGAGAAAAGGCUUGUCUAUGCAUUGUUCAGAUUUGUUCCUGUGUUUAUAUUUGGUUUGUCCAUAUACAUAAUAAGUUUGUAAAGGUAUUUAUUUGGUUUGGUUAGGCAUACAUUUAUUUUAAUGUUGGAAUUGAAUAAGUUUUUUACUAUGUUACUGUUAAGUUGACGAAUAUUGCUAGUUUUUUUUCGCUUUUUCGUAAAAAUUUUUUUUCACUAAAAAAAUUGAUAAAAAAAUCAAAAAACAUUGUAAAACAUAAACAUAAUAUGCAAAAAAAUCUAACAUUUCACUUAAACGUUAAUCGUUACCUCAAGUAUUGGUAAAAUUCAGUACAACCAAUUAUAGAUUACCAAAUGUCCUGAAAUAACAAAUUGAUGUACAUAUAUCUUUUGGUCAUCAUAUAAGACAGUGAAUGAUUUGUGGAUUGCAAUUAACGAGUGUAAGAGAGAGUUUAUGUACAUAAUGGUACAUAAGAAAGUGAAAUGAUACGUACCACUGGUUAUGCAAGGAUUUAUAUAUUAUAUAUGAACUGAGUGGUGUGCAUCAGUAAUCCGCAACUGUUGGAAGAAUAUUAACCAAAAAUAACUAUUUUUGUAAUACAGGUUUUCAAUCUACAAAUAUAAAUAGUGCGCAUAAUAAUACGUCUGAUAAAAUAGUAUUAAAAGUUUGUCCACA